GGCCCCCUAAAUGACACGUCAACACACACAUAUUCACCGUUCAGAAUGACACUAGCCUGAUUGGUGGGAGGUGAUCUCUGAAAUUGCUCAGUGAGCACCCCUAAUUUCCCUGAUUUACAUAUUGCUGUCAAUCACACCCAAUGGAAUCCAAUCAGAAAGCAGGGGAUGACCUGGCCGGGACCCAGAAGGAGGUGGCCCUCAGGGCCCUGAUACAACGCACAGGAUAUCAGCUGCUCCAGGAGAACGGCCAGCGGCGGUUUGGAGGGCCCCCGCCGGGCUGGGAGGGGCCCCCACCAGAGAGGGGCAGUGAGAUCUUCGUUGGGAAGCUCCCCAGAGACCUGUUUGAGGACGAACUGGUGCCUCUCUGUGAGAAGUUUGGUAAGGUGUAUGAGGUGAGGAUGAUGAUGGACUUCAACGGGAACAACAGGGGCUAUGCCUUCGUCACCUUCCACACCAAACAGGAAGCCAAGACGGCCAUGAAGCAGCUCAAUAACUAUGAGAUCAGGAACGGCCGUCUCCUGGGCGUGUGCGCCAGCGUGGACAACUGCCGCCUCUUCGUGGGCGGCAUCCCCAAGACCAAGAAGCGCGAGGAGAUCCUGACGGAGAUGAGGAAGGUGACGGACGGCGUCAUAGAGGUCAUCGUCUACCCCAGCGCCGCCGACAAGACCAAGAACCGAGGCUUCGCCUUUGUGGAGUACGAGAGCCACCGGGCCGCCGCCAUGGCGCGCCGCAAACUGCUGCCAGGCCGCAUUCAGCUGUGGGGCCACGCUAUCGCCGUGGACUGGGCGGAGCCAGAGGUGGAGGUGGACGAGGACACCAUGGCAACCGUCAAGAUCCUGUACAUCAGGAACCUGAUGCUGCAGACCGCAGAGGAGACCAUAGAGAAGGAGUUUAACAGCAUCAAGCCAGGGUCCGUGGAGCGCGUGAAGAAGAUCCGAGACUACGCCUUCGUCCACUUCACCCUGCGGGAGGACGCCAUCACCGCUAUGAACGCCCUCAACGGGAAGCUGAUCGAGGGAUCCCCCAUCGAGGUGACCCUGGCCAAGCCCGUGGACAAGGACAGCUACGUGCGCUACACCCGCGGCACCGGGGGGCGGGGCAGCUCGCUGCAACAGACCGACUACACCGCCUACGCCGUGGGACAGGUGUACGACCCCACCGCGGCCUACCUGGGCGCGCCCGUGUUCUACGCCCCCCAGGCGUACGCGGCCGUGCCCAGUCAGUUCCGCUUCCCGCCCUCCAAGGCCCCCAUCGGGGGGCGGGGCCUCAUCAGACCGCCCUCCGUCAGAGAAAUUUACAUGACUGUACCUGUAGGGGCUGCUGGGGUGCGGGGUCUGGGGGGGAGGGGCUACCUGGCCUACGCCGCCGCGGGGGGCGUGGGCGGCGUGGGGCGCAUGGUGGCGCCCGGCGGGGGCAUGGGCGCCGCCUACGGGCUGAAGGCGGACAAGCGGGCGGAGGACAAGCUGUACGACCUGCUGCCCGGCAUGGAGCUCACCCCCUUGAACCCCUCCGCCAUUGGCCUCAAGCUCCCCGAGAUAAAGCACCCGCCACAGGUGCUGGAGGAGGUGUGUCAGAAGAACAACUGGGGCCAGCCCGUCUACCAGCUGCACUCGGCCAUCAGCCCUGACCAGAGGCAGCUGUUCCUCUAUAAGGUCACCAUCCCCGCCCUCGCCACGCAGUACCCCAACGUCCAUCCGUUCACCCCUUCUAAGCUGUGCAGUGCUGUAGACGAGGCCAAGGUGCACGCAGCGGAGCAUGCGCUGCAGACCCUGGGCCUGCCAACAGAUGGCGCUGCCGACCUCGCUGCCGCCAACGCUGGCGUAACUUCAGUGGCCUUCCCAGGCUACCCCUUGGCCACCCCCUCCACCACGGCCCAGCUGAAGCAGGCGGUGUCUCUGGGCCAGGACCUCAUGGCCUACACCACCUACGAGGGAUACCCCGCCUUCGCCAUGGCAACCCGCCACGCUGACGGAUACGGGGUGUUCUGAUCAAAACUGACUUUGGUAACAACAGAUUCGGCGCAUUUGAAUGUUAACAUAAAUUAAAGGAAGUGGGGAGGUUGGGGAGUUGACAGAGAAAAAGUUAGGGUUUUUAAAAGAUCUUGAAGGUCCAAGGAAACUUUCCUUGAAGAUUUCAUCAUUCUGACUGCUGGUUGGUAGUUAUUUGCCAAAGAUUGUUUCUUUCUGACAAUUUUUAUUUUAGUAAUUUUUUAUCCUUUCUUUCCUUUUCAAAUAGAUUAUCUCAUAUUUACAAUCACAAGCUGAAAUUGUAUUAAUUAUUUGAAUGAAUUAUUCCUUGAAUUUCCUUGAAAGCCAAUAAUUAAACCGAAUAAUGAUAUAGGUGUGUAGUGUUUUGUGGCUGUCCUUGACAACUAUUUUUGGGAAUGGGUUCUUUUUCUAUAGGUAUUUUUCUAAGUGGAUUUGUAUUUUUUAUUAUAGAAGAUAUUAAGAAGAUAAGCGUGUUUACUUUUUAUUACAAAGAACAGCCAUCAUCUUUGUUAUUUUUCCAUUAGUUAUCUGUACAUAACUAAAAUAAAAGACCAUAUUAGUUAAAUACAUUGUUUUCUAAAUCCAAUUCCCGCAAUAUUUCAGUUGCAUAUGUAGGCCAAUGUAAUGUAUUUGUUGUUCUUAGUUUACUUAUUCUGUCCCGUGUUCGAGAUGUUUUCUUUGAACAAUGUGGAAGCAAAUGCAUGAAGAGGAAAAAAGUUCUCCCUCGUGAGAUGUAGUAUUGUGUUUGGUGUAUAGAAAACAUAAUCUGCUGAGAUAUAUUUUCACUGUUCUCUACAGGCCCUGGUAGUGAGGUAUGUAAGAACUGAAGUAUUAGGUUUUCCCAAGGGCAUUUAGAAGGAGCUGUGUUGGUACUUAAUACCUUCAUGGGUUUUUCUGUGGUUUAAUGAUGUUUGUAUAUUUACCCAUUCUUGUGGUGUAUUACUUUUUCCAUUCCAUUCUUGAAGCCUAGCCAGAGAAAUGUAUGUCCCAACUCUGUCUCUAGACCUGUACAAUUUGAAAUGUAAAGAUGCCAUAGGCGUCCCAACAACAGAGAGCCUUGCCAGUUUUCUCAAAUGUUGUAAUGUGAAAAUGUGGUUUGCAUGUUAAAAGAGACAACUCGUUGCUGUUUGAAGUACACACAGGUAUCAUUGUAAAGGUCUAUUCCUCAUGACAUUGUUGAUGUAGAUCAGUCUUCCACAACUACCUUCUUGUAACAAAAA